AAUUUCGCCCCAAAUCGUAUUCGGAGUUGGCAGCACCCUCUCAGAUUACAAUGAAACUUUCUGGGUAUGUACACCAAGACUAGAUAAGCCACUUUGCAUACUUAGUUUCUUCAAAAUUUAUCUGGACUGACUUUUGAAAAGGGCUAAACUUUUUUUAUGGAUUUUUUAAAAAUGUUUUUAAUCAAAAAAAUGACUACUCCUACAAAAAAGUGUUGUAUGGGUGAUUAUCACAAAAUAAGUCAAAUUUUAAGAAAAAAAUACUGAAAAAAUCCAAAAUGAGCCCUACACUGAAAAAAAUCAUUUCUAAAAAUUCAAAGUUGAUUUAAAAAAAACACCAUUUUUGAUUUUGAUGAAAUUUUGUCUCAAGACAGGUAAUUAUGUUCCCUACCAACCGUCCAUACAUCACAAGAUGGGCACUUUUAAGGAAAAAAAGUUUUUCUAACAAAAACUUUUUUAUGUCCAAAUUAUUAUUUUUUCAGUGUCUUUUUUUUUUAAACAAACUAAACCAGUGAAGGUUAUCUAGUAAUCUCAAAAUGCAAUGAAACUUAUUGUGUCAUAUGCGACAAUGCAAUGCACCCAUAUUCACGCAGCAGCACUCUAGAAGUACGAAACAAUAUACAAUUAGAACACGCAUUUCAUACGUGCUGCUGUAAUUUCUACCCAAACGUUUCUAUCCCAUGUUCUUACCUAAUAUUAGGUAUGGCUAUUUAUUAGAUUCGAACUACCUAAUCGAAAAAAAAAAACAAAUCAAGAGUUGUACCUAAAGCAAAUAUGAACAAAACAAGAAAAUGAAUCGGUAUCAUUCAACGUGUUACUUCUCUUUGGUUAUUAAAGGCAGUUCUGAAAAGUAAUGGAUCAAUCGUAUAAAUCAAAAUUCAACAAAUUCAAGUGCAGUGCAAAAAUAAACAAUCCAAAGUGCAACCGUCAUAAUCUACGGGGCAUGUCAUUAAGAUUGAUAGAUAAAAUUCAUUCCAUGGGAUAUACACAUGAAAUCGACGAAUCGAUGAGUAUUUGUGAGUCAUGUCGUGGAUUGAUAAGUCACAACAGAAGCCCGAAUACGAAAAAACGCCGAUCGGAUGGAAACGACGAAACUAUGCAACCAUCAUUUAGUGGGCAGCAACAUCAUGAUGUUCCAGAACCAGAACCGUCAACGAGUGGUCAACAAAUCGAAAAUGAGCUGGAUAUGGUACCAUCUAUUCCAUCAUUGGAGUCAAUUCCGUCAACUGAUCAACUACAGGGUCCCCAUAAUAUUGAGAAGUUUAAUACCAUUGCUGAAACAUUGAGUUUAUCGCCAAUCUCAUCUAGAAACAUGAGAAGUAUGGAAUAUCGCAUAAACAAAUCAUUGCCGAUUACGAAAGCAGUUCGAAAAAAUAUCUUCGGAAUAGAUUCAACGGAUGUUGGCAAAGUGGAGGCGUAUGACGAGAUAAUUAUGCAGUUAAAGGAUAAGUUCAAUCACCCUACAACUGACAGAAGCGAACAGAUUAAAAUACUAUCUGUACUUCCUAAGUCUUGGUCGGUAAAUAAAAUCACAAGAGAGUUUAAUGCACCAAUGUAUAUGGCGAGGCAGGUGAAGGAUCUUGUUUAUGAACAGGGUAUUCUUUGUACCACCGAAAAAAGAAGGGGGCAUGGUAUUGAUGACGAUACAAAACAAAUAGUAAGAGAAUUUUUUGAUGAUAAUGAUAUCAGCAGGCCAAUGCCAGGAACAAAUGAUUUUGUUUCUGAGGUUCGAAAUGGAAAAAAAACAACAAGUUCAAAAACGACUUUUGAUGAUGUCGCUCAAAGAGGCUUAUAUGAUUUUUGUAGAUACCGUCGUUGGGGGUGAGAAUGGGUCAAAAAAUGAUACUCAAAGAUUGUUUGUUAAAUAACAAAUAAAAAUGAAGUCGGAAUAACUUUUUAUUUGGUAUGUAUACUCUUCUAUGUGGUAAUGAUAGUUUAGCAAGAAAGUAUCACGUUAUAUGAAUUUCUUACUAAACUACAAAUGAUUGAAAAUUGACCCAAUCUCACCCCUUAGAGGGGGUGAGAAUGGGUCAAAGUAUUCGAAAUCGCCUAACUGAGAAUAUAAGUUAAUUUUAUUGAUCAUAUCUAGUAAACCUACUUAAAACACAAUGUUAUCAUAGCGAAUAAAUAUUUAGGUAAUAUUAAAAGAUGAUUAAUCCACCUAAAAGGCUUAAUACAACCGA